AUGGCCUCCAUCACCCGCUCCAACCGGCGAGCUGAGGGCCUUCACCUCUAUGACCGUAACGUGAACGCCAGCCCCCUCACGCGCUCGGGGCCUGGGCCAAACUCCUUCCACCACGGCGCUGCGGCGGGCGGUCGCACAAAGCGAGCCCUCGACGUGGCCGAGCGCGAGUUCGAGGCCAUCCGGCACAAGAAGACGAGAAUCGCCGUCGAGAUUCUUGCAAAACCCCAGCUGCCUCUCGAGACUGUGAAUGUACAACCGCCGAUACCGCGACGAGCCACAGUGGCGAGCAGCGCAAGUAGGCAGCCUGUCCCCCCUGUGCAGCCCACCAAGCCAGCGGUGCCCAUAUCCGCAGAACCGGAGCCGCACAACUCCAGCCUGACGAAGCACCAGGCCAAAGUAAUAAAUGGCAUAAGGCACGAGCUGGAUCGCCUGCAGCCGCUGCACGACGAUACCAAGGAGCAGGGCCGCAAGCUGCGGUCGCAGGAGGCGACCAGGUUCAAGAGCGACCUCUCUGCCUAUUUCCCGGACUACGACGAAGUAAUAGGGAACGACCCCAAAGAAGAACAUUUGCUUAACCCUGAGACGCCCAUUAUCAUUAUCGAUACCAGUCUGUCGCGCGCGAUUCCCGAUGCUCAACGUACAGCGCCUCGACCCCACCACCAAAACCUCAGUGGCGUUGAUUUUCCUGUCAGAGGAUACGGAGAUGCCUUAUUCACUGAUGUAUUCGACUCUCAACGCAUCGACUUUGGCUUUCUAGAAGCCCAGCACAAGAACAAGAACAUUGAAGAUCCCUUACCUGAUGCUCUGUUUGAACCGAUUCAUAAAAAGGCAGAGAGGGUUGAACGGUCGAUCCGCAAUACUGAAAAAGGUCGUGCACAGCAUGAAAAGGACCAAAUCAUCCGGCUCCUCGAGGGCCUCCAAGGCCACGACUGGCUAAGGGUCAUGGGUGUCAGUGGCGUUACCGAGACCAAGAAGAAGAAGUUUGAACCGGCUAGGAUGCACUUCAUCAAGGGCUGCCAGGCUAUACUGGCCAAAUUUCGUAAUUGGAAUCUGGAGGAGAAGCGGCGGAAGCUUGAGAAAGAGAAGGCUCUCGCGGAAAAGGCGGAGCAAGAAGAUGAAACAGACAAUAGCGAUGAAGAAUCGCAACAAAGGGAGGAUAGCUAUUCUAAGGAGAACGAUGCUAGUGAGACGUCCUCGCCAGCCAAGCAACUGCGACGAGAGGCCAGGGCGAGAUCAAAACUAGCGGCUGCAAACUCCAAGAGGUCACGGCCUGCUAACAAACCCACACCUCCAACAAGGCCCCCAGAGCCCCCCAAGGAGUUCAAGUCCUUCUUCACCAAGAAGUACGAGCGCGAGAGCGCGCUCAACCGGCAAAGACGAGCUGGUAGAAAAGUCCUUGCCUGGGGCCACCCAGUCCCUGACAUACCUGAAGCCGACUUCGUUUUGCCGGAGGAGUAUCGGAAUGAGGAAACACUAAAGGCUCGUGAGAGGAAGAAGCGCAGAGAUAGGCGAGAGCGGCGGACUUCGAAAUAA